AUGACAAGAGCAAGGAGGGUUCAGGGCACAGCUCGUCCAGGUGAGGGAAGGCUGCGCGUCCCACAUCAUCGCAAUCAGGAUGGCGAAGAGUCUGAUAUUCAAUAUGGCUUAGAUGACCAAGAUGAUGACCAAGACACCUCCAACAGCAAGAACAAGGAGAGUUCCAGGAAGGAGGAAGAGGACGAAACCAUCACCGAAGGACAGGAUAAUUCGGAAACCGAGGAAGAUGACCGCCCAUUGGAAGUGGAUGGAAGUAGAAGACUUCACUCGAACGCCAAGAAGCAUGCCAAGGAUAGACACGGGCCUCACCGAAAUAAACCAGACACCUUAAAGUUCAGCAAUACUUCUAAAUCCUCCCUUCGUCGAAAAGGCAAGCAUUUCCUCAAGCGCACAGGGAAAGCCGGGAAUCCCAGAUACGGCAAGUCUCACAGGAACAAAAAGGCUCCUGGUUUCCACAAGAAGAAUGCCACCAUCGCCACCGCUCGUCCCAAUGUCAUCGUCACGGGCUCUCCUGGCCUGCACGAACAGAGCAAGGCCUCCGGACGAGGCGACAUUACCGAGAACCAAGUUUUGUCCACCGUAAAAUCAGGUCACCAUCUCCCUUUCCCAAAGAGAGAGUCCCAUCAGAGAGAAGAUCGGCACGAAGAGGCCGAAGAGGAACCCGAAAGCAAUAUAAUACUUCCGUUCGAUGUUGUGGACGGAGACGGGAAGAGGACGCAGGGAAUGCAGUUGGAUGCCACAAGCACCGUCUCGUCUCUAAAUCUGGAGAAGCUUCCGACUCAGACGGAGAAAGACCAGGAAGAGAGAAGUGAGAGUAAAAUCAAUGCGGAAAACGUAGGAAAGGGAGAGAUGAAAAACACAGAUGACCUUUUAAAGAAGGAAGAAGAUGAAGACGAAGCAGGAAAUGAGGAAGGAGUCGCAGAAGGUAGUGAAGACGAAGGCGAAGACGAGAAAGCAGACGCAGAGGUGAGCGAAGACGUAGAUGAGGCAGACGAAAAAGCCGAGACGGAGGAAGCGAAUGAAAACGAACACAAAACAGAAGAAACGUUAGACGUGGAGAUAACCGAAGACGAAGACACUGCUCAAGAAAGGGCGCCUAGAAGGUCGCCGGAAAAAUAUGCAGAAUGGGGCAUCGGACCGCUCAGACCCCCAGUAAAAACUUUUGUCACACGGUCACAGCUUCUUAAGAAACAGGGAUGA